AUGAAUACUUCUCAGCAUGAAAUUGAAUUACCAAAAUCUUCUUCGAUAUCAAUCAGUUGUCAUGGUUACAGACGUCCUGUAUGCAAUUUACUUCUACUACUUCAAGCUUCCCAAAUGAACGAGAACGAAUUGGAUCAUUUAAUUGUUUCUGUUGGACAUGAUUAUGUUGAUCUGAGACAGAUUUUAUCAGUGCAUAAAAAGAGUAGUGACACUGAUCGAGGUAAUGUUUAA